UGGUAAUUUGGUAGGGGUGGGGGUAAUACCGGUAUUCAUAGAAGAAAAGAACAUUGUGUUGCAAUUGCGGCAAUCGGGAGAAAUUGAAACAGAAGAAGCUUGAUUUGGUUCUAUAAUUAUUUGACGAAAAGACAGAAUUUCGGUUACUUUCAGACGGUGGAAGCUCGUAUUUGCUGCACUGGAAGCCAAAGCCCUACACUUGCAGCAGUUCUUUCUGUAAUCCCUUCUUUCCAAGAUUGCAGAAUAAAUAGGCCAGAGGAGGGAGGGUUUGAAGUUAUGACGUUUGACCCCAAGGGUUAAGAGAAACUAAUACCCGAGUAAACUCAAAAGACACAAUGUUUUCUUUAUUUUAUGGCCUCUGGAAGUACCUAUUUAGUAAGACAGAGUUUCAUGUUCUCAUACUAGGAAUUGACAAGGCGGGGAAAACAACUUUGCUUGAGAAGUUGAAGUCCUUAUACUCAAACUUGGAAGGGCUCUCCCCUGAUCGGAUUGUUCCAACUGUUGGACUCAAUAUUGGGCGUCUUGAGGUGUUGAAUGCAAAGCUUGUCUUCUGGGAUCUGGGAGGUCAGCCUGGCCUUCGGUCUAUUUGGGAAAAAUAUUAUGAAGAGGCACAUGCUGUGAUCUAUGUGAUUGAUGCUGCUUGUCCUUCAAAAUUUGAAGAUUCCAAAUCUGCACUGGAGAAAGUUCUUCGACACGAGGAUUUGCAAGGAGCUCCACUUUUGGUUCUAGCAAACAAGCAGGAUCUUCCGGAAGCAGUAUCAGCAGAAGAACUUUCUCGUUAUCUCGAUCUUAAAAAGUUGGACGAAAGAGUCUACAUGUUUGAAGCUGUUUCUGGUUAUGAUGGGAUGGGGAUAAAGAAUAGUGUCGAAUGGUUGGUGGAUAUAAUGGAAAGAAGUAAAAGAACCGAAAUAUUGAGAGCUCGAGCAGGUGGGGCUGGUCUCCGUUCUGCUUAGAUCAAAUAUGAAACAAUUAUAGUUGGUCUAUAUUUCUUCCAUAAACUUGUGGACAAACCAGGUUCCAUAUUAGAUCCUCCAUGCUUUAGAAAGCUAGGUUCCCCCAGUACAUCUGAUUGCCUCACUCUACAUCUUUUUGAACUGCGAAGAACUACCAAAAUCAAGCUGAAACACUUCAUAUUUGCCACUUGACUUUUGGUACUUAUUGUGAAUGUUCUUCUCGUUUACAGGUGUUAGAAGCCCCUAAUUCGAAUUACAUCUUUCUGUCCGAGAGCAUCCACUCGAUCUGGCUUCCUGUUAUCUAGCUUUACUACAUCUAGCUUUACUACAAAAUGUAAAGAUAAUAUUGAUUCAAAGGCUAAUUGGUAGCUUUAGAAUUCCCACCACAAAAGUACAGAAUUACGUGUUUGAACCUGGGAAUGUUUUUCAUAGCCAUUCGUGGCGGACCAUGUUUCAUACAAGUCAUCUGAAUUUUGUCAUCCAUUUUAAAAAGUUAA